ACACGUGUGUGUAGUAUCACUGUGCCUGUGUCACAAAGAACUUUAGAAUGAUCGGACAUAUUGCCGUAAAUCAUCACCAACAUUAAUCGAGCAGUAAUUAAAAAUCUAUCGAACGUAACGUCUAUUUACCCUAAAGAUAACGUAUAAUCUUGUUUGAAUAGUUCGAAGUAACUUAGCUUCUUUUGUCACAAUUCACCUGUUGCAGAUAAUUUGAAGACCACAAAUAUAAUCAUCUAAAAUGUCUCAAGAAAGACGCUCGAAUGAUUCUGUUCAUUGGUACAUGAAUGAGUUGAGUUCUAGAAUAGUUGCCGAUUCGGGCAACCCUAAUGACAGAUUCCAUCUGGGUAAACUGAUACUGCAAAGUCUGAGAGAUGGUCCAGAUUUUACGUUACAGAUCGAUGGAGCUACGGAUGAGGCAGAGUCUAGUGGAUCCGUUCUAGAACGUUCCAUUCGCUGCGCCAUCGCUCUGAGGAAGAAAGGACUACAGAAGGGCGAUGUUCUCGUGCUAUUAGCUCCGAACCAUAUCGAUUUGGCGAUACCGUUUUAUGCGGCUUUGUACAACGGAGUGGUUAUCGCUGCGGUUGACAGAACUUUGUCGAUUCAUGAAUUAAAAGCAACCUUCUUUGUUGAUUCGCCGAAGCUGGUCUUCUGUCAGAGCGAGAAGGCCUCGGACGUGCAAAUUGUGAUAAACGAAUUGGAGUUAAAUACUGAAAUCGUGACGUUCGACAAAGGAGACUACCUUUGUAGUCUCCCGGAAUUCCUGGAGAAUUAUGACGAUGGUACCACCGUUGACGAAUUCAAAGCUGAAGAUUUCGAUCCUGAAGACACGGUGGCUUUCUUCAUAGCUACGAGUGGCACCACCGGUUUGCCUAAAGCUGCCGCUGUGACCCACAAGAAUAUAGCCAUUACAUCACCUUAUUUGUGGUGUAGAUCCUUUAAUUUUCCGACACCUACUCGAAUGGCAAUGAUUGGUUCUCCAAUACAAUGGUUGACAGCUAUUAUAAAUUUCGUUGCUUCGCCGAUAUUAAAGUACCCUCGACUCCAAUCGUCGCUGACUGUAACUCCAGAGCAUGCAUAUCACCUUAUCAACACGUAUAAGCCUUCGUUUGCGAUAUUCAGCCCGACAAUGAUGACAACCCUGAUGAAGCCGGAAUGCCGUGAUCAAUGUGACUUAUCAUGCUUCGACAUCAUCAUGAUGGGUGGUAGUGCUGUCCCGCUCGAGUUAGUAACAGAAAUCAAAAGCGUCAGCCCUAAAACCGAAGUGUUGAAUAUAUACGGCAUGAGCGAGUUGACCGGAAUUGCAUUUUACGGUGACAAUCCUGCUCCUGGAUCGUGCGGGAAGCCUUUAGGAUGUUUCCAAUAUCGACUAAUAAAUGUGGAGACACAAGAAGAUAUUACCGAACCGAACAUUCCUGGAGAACUCUGGAUGAAAAGUCCUGGCAUUUUCAAAGAAUACUACAAAAACCCUGAAGCAACUGCUGACACGUUCGCCGAGGAUCGCUGGUUCAAAACCGGCGACACAUUCUACAGGGACGAUGACUGGAAUUUCUUUUUCGUCGAACGCAUCAAACUCCUACUCAAAUAUAAGAGCAACCAUAUAUCACCUGUCGAGGUGGAGGCGGUGAUCCGUCAUCAUCCCGGGGUGCUGGACGUGGCAGUAACCGGGAUACCGGAUCCCGAAUGCGGGGACCUUGCGGUAGCGCUCGUCGUCCGUAAAGACGGCCACGAAGUCAACGCUGAAGACAUCAAGGAUCUAGUUAGAGAAACAUUGUCGGAUGGAAAACAACUCCGGGGCGGGGUGAUAUUCGUCCACGAGAUACCAAUGACGGCCUCAACUAAAGUACACAGAAGGAAAAUAAAAGAAAUGGCUCUUGAGAUGGAUAAAGAAUGAAGAUUGGAGAUAGAUUUAGUAAAGGCUCUUCAUAAACACGUUGUAGAACUUUUACGAAGAUAACCUUACGAGCAAUUUUAAAUAAGGCCACUAACUGUCAUUGAAGCACGCCUUGCUUAGAUAAUUGAAGAAGCUCACAGUGCACCUAAUGUUAGGAGUUUCACAGACAUCACAAUAUAUCACCUAUCGGGGCAGUAAUAGAGCUAGGUUCGUAAAAACUACCCGCGCGCGCUUACAAUACUAAUUAUUACUAGUAAUUAAUAAUUAUUAGUAAUUAAUAAUUACUAGUAAUUAAUAAUUACUAGUAAUUACGCAAAUUUAUAAAGUUUGUUGCUUUAAUUUUUGUUACUAUUAUUCCAUCAUCGUGGAAAUCGGCCGUGAAUAAGUGCUAAGUAUGUUUUUUCUUAGAAAAAAAAUAUGUAACGGUCAGUGGAAUCUGAAUAAAACGGCAUUGUCACAACGAGAUAGUACACAGGACGUUUUAAAUUUACUUUUUUAUUUACUUCAGUGCUUUGGGCCAUGAUGAUGGUAAUCAUGUCCCAAAGUAACCGUGGUAUUAAUUAAUAAAAUACUUUCGAUAUUUACAAUGAGUUUGAUGGAUGUACUAUUAUUAUUAUUUAAAUUGCGUUUCGUAAUAUAUUACGCUCGUUAGAAUUAUUAUUAUUAUUUUUUAUAUUGAAAAGUACGAAGGUUACCGCCAUCAUUGAUUGACCUCUACGAUUAUGUUAAUUUUUGUUUCAUAAUAUAGGUAGUUAUGAUUUUUGUUGUUUUAUUAUUAUGAUAGAUAUACCUUAGAAUAAUAUUUUGAAUUCACCUCGAAUGCUUUAAACUUUAUAUAGAAAACGUUGAAUCAUAAAAUUUUAUCGUUUUUCUCAAUAUUAUUUUGAUCUCUAGAUUCAAACAGAAUUUCGUAUUUACAAAAAAGUAAUAAUAAUAAUAAUAAUAAUAAUAACUCUUUAUUUAUAUAACACCUUAAUAUGUACACAGUAAAGUAAUAAAACAAAAGUCGGUAUAUAAAUCGGCGGCCUUAUCGCUGAAAGCGAUCUCUUCCAGGCAACCUUGCAGGGAGAGGAAUAAGUUAACUGUAAAGUAGUUACUAUUUAGUUGUAGAUUUAAUUAUUAAAAUGUUACGGCACCGUAGCACUGACUAAUCCGUAUGCAAAAUAAGCAUCUAAUAAAGUAAUUGUCAAAUACCG